CUUUAACUACUCAGGACAAUAUGAAAUGGACUCCUCUUCAUCAUGCAUGCCAUUCUGGCCGAUUAGACGUUGUGGCUCAUUUAGUUGAGGCGGGAGCUGAUGUAAACGCUAUCAGUCUCAAUGGAGGAACUCCAAUAACUCGUGCAAUCGAGUCUUCUGCGUUCGAUGUAGUUAAAUACUUGCUUGAAAAAGGAGGAGCAAAGCUAAGAACUGAAACACGAAAAGGAAAAACUCCACUGGAACUCUCUCAUGAUUGGUCAGAUCCAAAUCUGAUUAGUUAUUUGGAAGAAAAAUUUAGCAAAUUACCUGCACUCAAAAAAACCGCAAAAAAUCAAAAAGCUAAAAAAACUCCAGCAAAAAAAAUAGAAAGUCCCAAAGUUACUACAAAUCAACGUUCUCCAAAAAAGAAUAUCGGUCUAGACUCUUCAUUUAAGUUAACAUAUAACCUGGAAAGACCUGCAUCUGUAUUAGAAAGGAUGACGUUUGACAAUGACGCAAUAUUUUAUUCACGAAAUGUUUGGAAAAAACAAAUGACCACACGUGACCUCAUUCGUCAAAGAGUCGAGCAAAGAGAAAGGAAUGGCUGGGAAAUUGACUUUGAUGAUUUUAAAAUGCCAUUUUCCAAAAAUAUUUCAGAUAAACUCAUAAAUAUUAAUAAAACUUAAA